UCCCUGCGGAGCACAGGGGCACGCUCGGUGCUGUGGCCUUGAGGAAAGCGGGGCAGGGUGCGGGGGGGUCCCCGGAGCCGCCUGCCUCUUCUAACGAAUGCGGCACUGGCCCGCGGGUGGGGACAGCAAUUGGGAAGGAGGAGGCCAAGCGGACAGAGGGGAUGUGUGCCUAAAUACAGGGAAUGCAAGUGUCGGCCAUGGUUUAGGAUAUUUUGGGGUUAAAAGAUGUUGGGGUUUUAUUCGCUUAAGCAUCUUAUUUUUGAAGAGUGAUUUUCAGAUUAGAGGCCUUGCCUUCGUUCUUAAAGGAAAUGUCAGGGAGAGAUUUGUGGCAAGUAUGUUGCAAAGGGUCAGGCCGUGGCUUUGGUGUAAGUAAUUCGGAAAUUCAGUGUUAGCUUAAGUUUAGUUCUUCCAUGAGAAACCACCAGGAGGAUGAUAUCUAGGGAAUUUGUAAACCUAAUACAUUUCAGUAGGCAUUGAAUUAGGGAAAAGUGAAAAAAUAAAGGAAAUAUAACCAAUUUACCAGUAACUUAAAACAAUGAGCAGUGAUACCUGUUUAAACAGCAUCUUCAGGUACAUUUUUGCAGAAUAUUGAAGCUUGGUGGUAGCAGGGAUUAGCAAAUCUCAAUUGCAUAGGUAUGAUUAUCUCAUUUGCUUGAAUAAAUGUUUUUUAUAAAACUGAUUUUUGUGGCAACACAACUGUUCAUGAGACAAAAAACAUUUUGUAGAAAGAUAAGGCAGAUGUAAGACGCAAAGGCCUUGAUUAAACAGGGAACUCAUGACAGAGCUCCAGUGCAAAAAGGAUACAUACAGGGGGUGGAAGUGGAGACAGGCUACAAAGGAGGAAUACAGAAAUAUUGCCCAGGCAUGUGAGGAUGGCAUUAGGAAAGCCAAAGUUAAGCUAGAUUUGAAACUAGCAAGAGAUGUCAACGGUAAUGAGAUGCUGUUUAUCAGGAAAAGGAUUCACAAGGAAAAUAUGGUGGUGCUGCUGCUGAGUGGGGCAAGUGUGUUAGUGACAGCAGACACAGAUAAGGAUGAGAUAGUGGAUGUCUUCUUUGCCUCAGACUUCACCAAUAAGGUCUCCCAGGCCUUUUGUCACAAGGCAGGGUUCAAGGAGAGGAGGAACUACAAGUUGUGGAAGAGGAUUGAAGCAGGGAUUGUUUACCUGACAAGUCUGUGGGCCCAGGUGGACACAAAGGUACACUCUGUCAUCUUUAAAAGGCCAUGAGAUUAGGGGAGAUCCCUGAAGACUGGAGAAAGGCAAACCUUGCAUUCAUCUUCCAAAAGGGCAAGAAGGACAAUCCAGAGAACUACAGGGCUGGUCAACCUCACUCCUUCCACCUGUGGAAAGAUCAUGGAGGAAGCCAUUUGUAGGCAUAAGAAGGCACAGGUGGUAACUGGGGGUAGCCAGCUUUGGAUUGACCAAGGAUAAAUCAUGCCUGACCAACUGGCUUGUCCUCUGUGACAAAACAACUAGAUCUGAAGAUGAAGGGAAAGUGUUUGAUGUCAUCUGCCUUGGGCUUAGGGGGACCUAAUAGAAGCCUUUAGAUACCCAAGAGGAGAUCAUUGAGAAGGUAGAGCCAGUCUUUCUACUUAGGUGCACUGCAGGGUAACGAGAGACAGCACAAGUUGGAAAUUCCAAUCCGAAGUAAGGAAAUGAGGGCAGUUAGGUGUUGGGACAGGUUGCCCAGAAGGUUUGUCAUAUUCCUGUCUUUGAAGGUUUUCAAGAUCCAACUGGACAAAGCCCUGGGGAAACUGGCCUGAAUUCAGUGUUGACUUUGCUUUGAGCAGGAGGUUGCACAGGGUGACCACUUGGGGUCCCUUCUAAACUGAAUGAUUCUGUGAUUCUUGAAUAAUGCACUGUUUGUGAGGAGUAGAAGACAGCAAAUGUAAGGCAAUAGUGUAAUCUUAGAAAUUUUGGAUAAACAAGUUACUCUGAUAUUGAUUGAAAUAUUCAUCUAAAAGUAGGGUAUAAAAUAUGCUGUAUAAUAGAAUGUAAAAUGAAGGAUACCAGAACUAGUAAUUCCAUAGCAGAAGGUUUUACUCCAGUCUUCUAAAAUUCUUUGGAGAAGAUGCCAAAUAAAUAGGAACUAAUUAAUACAACUGUUCUGAUUAAUACAGUUGUCCAGACUACUAAAGUGUGUGUGCUUUGAAAUAUCCCUCAUGGGAGAUAACUGAGAAAUUAUGUUUUCAUGAAUCAAGUCCUGAUUAAGAUACUAAAAUAAAAACUGAAAAUAGAAGUUCAGUUUUUCCUGCUUUUAUGGCUUUCUUUGUACUACUUUAUUAAGACUUACAUUAAAUCUAAAAGUGAUCUGGAAAAGGCAUUAUUGGUAAAUAAGCAAAAUCUGCCACUGUCACAGUUAUUAGAUUAGUCAGGAAGAGAGAAAAUCCUGAGGAACAGAAGAAUCCAAAGGGGGGAAAAAAAGGUGAAUUGAUGUUAUGGUGGUAAGUGAAAUUAAUUAUUGAUGAACGCAGUGCAGUGCAUUGGAGGGAAUUUUGUGCUACUGAUUCAUGUAACUGGGUUUUAAGUUGACUGCUAUAGACGUUGAAGGUAGCUGAAAAGGAUACGUGAGUGAAAGUCCUUUUAAUCAUCAGUGGCAGCAGUGGAAAAUAAAAUUAUUGCUGAGUUUAUAAAGAGUGGGUUUGAUAACAGCAUUGCAAUAUAAAUUGAAGGUGUGCACUUCCUUGGAAAAAUAUCUCCAAUUGUACACCUGUCUCAGAAAAUAAUAGAAAUAGGAGUUCAGAUACAGACAGAUGAAAAUAUGACCAUAUCUGAAAAUGUAAUGUAAGUAGAUCCGUUUAACUGAAAGUGAUGAUGAAUAAGAUAAUACAUGUGCAGGCAUGCAAAAUAGUAGCUGGCAAAUAAAUGAAAAGAAAGGGUCUCUUACACCCUGGAAAUCUAGUAUUAAAUUGGAAGACCACAUAUUCUGUAUAGUGCUUAAUUAAGUUUGUAUGUAUUUGGCAGAAGACAAUAGUACGCUCAGGAAAUGAGAGGCUCAAAAAAUUCUUAGACUUUUGAAGAGUAACAACCCACUAAUUAACAUUUUUUCUUCCCACGGGGAUUUAAACCACUUAGCGUAGUCUGCAUUAGGAGGUUGCUCCAUGAUUGUCCAUUGUAGGAUUUUUAAUAUUAUCUCGCAUACUUCAGAGGAUUUUGUUACUUUAUAUUUGGUCUCGUCUAUCCAUCAUCAGUUCUUAUACAAUAGUGAAGAAGUGUCAAACAGGGACCCAAGCUGAGAAGGGUGCUUUUAGGGCUGGGCUAAUGGGUUAAUGCUUAGCUGCAAGAGGGUGUGCUCGAGUUCCUGUCCCUGCUCCACGAUUGCCUGAGUGUUCCCUUCUGUUACUGCUUUGUGCAAAACCAGCUCUGCUCUGGGUUCAAGGAUUAUAACACAGCCCUCUAAUCUCUCACAGCUGCGCUACCAAACUGCUAUACAAAAGACAGUGUCAUACUCCCCUUUUUUCCUAUUUAUUUUUCAUAAACAACAUUUGAAUUAUUUCUUGUUGAAGUGGAAUCUUUGUACAGAAAACUCAAGGAGUGCUGUCGUGCAGAAUAACCUAUGGAGUCAUUGUUAAAACACUGUAUUAUUCUUGCUCCAAGUCUAUCAAUCUGCUAUAUGCUGGCUUCACCACCAGAGGAGCAGUUUAUGAAUGAAAACAUGAAUGAAUGUAACCAGAUCUUAGCUUUAUAAGCAUCAAACCACUGUUCUGAUCUGUAAAUAUCUGGAAAAGGCCAUUGCCAAAAGUAACACUUUGCCUGUUGAACCGGGCCAGUUAUUGGUAUUAGCCUGUUUGAGAGUUGUGUCAUUGUGGUCCAGUAAGGAGAGCAUAAUAUUUACCAAGUUACAGUUUUCAGGUGGUGCUGUUUUUAAGACAGCUACUGAUGUGUUCAUCUUUCUAUCAAAUAUACUUACCUUCUUUAAUUUGCAAAUAGAUUUUUUUAAAUUUGAAAAUGUAUGCCUAAACUGAGCAUGUUUGAACUGUUUAAUGAGCUUGGUUCCCUCCCUUCUCUUGAGAAAUUUCUUGCAAUAUGUUAGUUAUAACUGCAUUAGCCUAUGACAUUGUAAUUUACCCUUGAGAACAGAGAAGGAAUUGCUGCAAUUUCACAUGCAAAUAAAAGAAUAAAUACAGACAACUCUUUUGAAAUUUGGAUUUUAACAGUUCCUUUACAAUAGAUGUCUUUUAAAAGUUAGAGCUAGAAAUAAAUCUGGGAAGUGUUACCUUCAGAAAGGAAGGUAUACUGGAAAUACUGCAGGCAUCCUGAAUUGGCUGUUGAGGCUACUUGUUCCUUAUGUACACAGGUAUAUACUCCUAGAAGAAGCCUUAGAAAAGAACUUAAAGGAUUUUUUUUUAAACAGGAAUUAUUCCAAAUUUCUGAAAUUGGUGUUUAAUUCUACUGUUUUAAUUCAAUAGAGGGUUUAGGAGGGUCUUAAUUUAACAUUAUGUGGUACUGAAACUUGGAAGGCAUGUUCACAGAACAAGGAAAUGGAAUAGAUAACCUAUCCACAGAGCUCAGGAGCAGCCUGAAAAUUUAUCAGAGGUAGAUGCAUUAAAAAAAAAAGGGUAUGUGCUUUCUACGCGUAUUGAAUUCACUUUUUGUAAACAUCAGAGAGAGACUGAAUCAUCUGGAUGGGGCUUGCACCGCAGUCGCUGCUUGAUCAGUGAAAAAGCAGAGUAACUGGUGCAUAGUACUUACUAGCAGAAGUUCUGUGGCCACCAGAAAAUGAUCUGACAAGUAGCAAAGAUUAAGGAAGAGAGCUGAAGCUCUUGAAGAGGAUUCUUAACUCUCUGCUGGGUCCAUUGAUAAAAUCCGUAUGAAGUCUACUGUAUGUCAAACCCCUUGAUGAUCUCAAUCGAGCGAUUCUCUGGUGUCUCGUGAAAGCUCAGCAUGAGAUAAAGGUUCCUGGAGACUUCUAGACACCACUAUGGCUGCUACAGUGAACUUGGAGCUUGAUCCCAUUUUUCUGAAAGCCCUGGGCUUCUUGCAUUCAAAGAGUAAGGACUCCGCUGAAAAGCUGAAAGCGCUUCUUGAUGAGUCCUUGGCCAGAGGAACCGACUCAAGCUAUCGUCCAUCUCAGAAGGAAGUAGAGCAACCGAAAGUAUCUGUUACCAAACCUAUUUCCAGUAAGCAAGAGCCUAAAGCUUCUUCUAGUUUGCCUUCUGGUAACAACAAUGGCAAGCCCACUGCAUCAGAAAAGGUGAAAAAAGAAACAGAAAAGAGAUCUGCUGAUAAAGUAAAGGGGGAUACCACUGAAGGAGCUGAUACGCCAAAGAAGCCCAGACUAGAGAAGCAAGAAGCUCGUUCCUCUCCUAUUACAGUUCAGACGAGCAAGGAUUUAUCCAUGCCUGAUUUAUCUAGCUUUGAGGAAACCAGUGCUGAUGACUUUGCUAUGGAAAUGGGAUUAGCCUGUGUUGUUUGCAGGCAAAUGACAGUUAUUUCUGGGAAUCAGCUAGUGGAGUGUCAGGAGUGCCAUAAUCUCUACCACCAGGAUUGCCAUAAACCUCAAGUGACAGACAAGGAAGCGAAUGAUCCUCGACUUGUGUGGUAUUGUGCGCGCUGUACCAGGCAGAUGAAGAGAAUGGCUCAAAAGACCCAAAAACCACCUCAAAAACCAGCUCCUGCAGUGGUUUCAGUUGCACCAGCUGUGAAGGAUCCAUUGGUCAAGAAGCCAGAAAUUAAGUUAAAACCUGAGACCCCGCCAACUUUUCUAGCAUUCAAGAGAACAGAAGUCAAGACCUCAGCAGCGAUUUCGGGGAACUCGGCCAGUACAAGUGUUUCCUCUUCAGCAACCAGUGGCCUUACAGGAUGGGCUGCUUUUGCAGCCAAAACCUCCUCUGCCAAUCCCUCAGCUGCCAAACUGGGAUCAACAGCACAGAGCACCAGUGGGAAACCUGCAGCUUCUUCAAAUAACCAGAAACCUGUGGGUUUGUCAGGGUUGGCAACUUCCAAAACAGGACUAGGGUCAAAAAUAGCUUCUGCCAACAACAGCACAAACCCUGUUCAGCUGAAACCUCCUCCGCCUCUGACACUGGGGAAAACCACUCUUAGCCGUUCAGUAAGCAGUGACAAUGUCAGCAAAGUAGGUCUUCCUAGUCCCAGUAGUACUGCGCCAAGCACCAGCAACCAGGUGAGCAGUGGGAAUGGCAACAGCGGGACUGCUGGUAACAGCGGGGGCAGCGCAAGCAAAACCACAGCAGAUACUGGUAAUCAGUCAACCUCCCUAAAAGGCCCCACUUCUCAGGAAUCUCAGCUCAAUGCUAUGAAGAGGUUACAAAUGGUCAAGAAGAAGGCUGCUCAAAAGAAACUCAAGAAGUAGUACAGCUGCUUGCUAGUUUUGUUGGUUGUGUUCUGUGAAACAGCAGCGUUGGUGGUUUGUUUUUUUUUUUUAAAGAAAAUCCCCUGGUUACUGGACUGAAGCAGUAGUUGAAUCGGGGAAGCCCAAAACCUAUGUUAUACAGGAGAUCAAACUUUGAUAAUCCUAGCAUUCCUUCUGACUUUGCAAAUCUAUGAAUUGAAUAUGUUGGAGGAAUUCUCUAUUAUAUGCUCCUGUUUUUUAGCUCAAAGCACUGAAACUUGAAAUUGUAAAAGUCGGGUAUUUUGGAGUAUAAAAAACAGAUUUAUGUGGACACUUAAUAAAUUGAACUUUCUGAAACUGCCAUUCUUAAA